CUUCGCAUUUAAAUUACUAAAUACUGAUCGAAUCUCAUUUUAUUGAAAUGUUUCAUGCAUAAUUGAGAAAAAUAAUGGGAAAUACAAGCUCCAAUAAACGGGAUCGAGCGUACUCUUCAGAUAACGAAGGACCUCCUGCUUCUUGUAAAGAAGGAAAGGUUUUUGAAUUCAGUGCUGGCAAUAAAAAAGAGAAAAUUCUAUGUCAGUCUUCUUUAGAUGAAUACGAUGACUUUUCAAACCUAACAAGAGACAAAUCUGACGAAAUAAAAAUUUCUUCAACAAGUGAUACAUACGAUAAAUCUUUACCUACAGUAUUUAAAUGGGGAGGAGGUGGAAAAGAUGUAUAUAUUAGUGGCUCGUUCUCCGAUUGGAAACCCAUUCCCAUGGUACCAAGCCAUGGUGAUUUCGCUCUUAUUCUGGAGAUACCGGAAGGAGAACACCAGUACAAGUUUAAAGUUGAUGGUCAAUGGUUCCAUAAUCCAAACGAACCUACUGUCGAUAACGAUGUCGGUUCUAAAAACAACGUCAUUUCAGUCAAAAAGUCGGAUUUUUUGGUUUUUGAGGCUCUUGCUGCCGAUAGUAUCGGUUCUGCUUACACGGGUUCUCCCCCUGGUUCGUACAACCAAGAGAUCCCUCAGCACAAGCCAAAUGAAAAAACAGUUGGACCACCUGUUUUACCACCACAUUUACUCCAAGUUAUACUAAAUAAGGAUGUGCCUCUUUCCUGCGAGCCGAAUUUGCUUCCUGAACCCAAUCAUGUUAUGUUGAAUCAUUUAUAUGCUCUUUCUAUCAAAGACGGAGUAGUUGUCUUGAGUGCAACACAUCGCUACAAAAAGAAAUACGUUACUACCUUGCUUUACAAACCAAUCUAGGAUGUAGUGCAUUGUGAGGAAUGAAUAUGAACUGUUGAAUUUUAUGCUUGUUGCACUUGUGUAAUUAAGUUCAAUGCUUAGAGUUUUAAAUUUUAAUUAUUUUUAUAGCAUAUGUGAUCUUACAUGUGUUUCCAUGUGAAAAUCCAAAUCUCGGAAUGUAAAACUUUGUAAACUUCCUAUUCUGGAAUAACCUUCUUCAAACUGAAAAAAAAAAUGUUUAAACCAUGUAAAUUUUACUUUUGUUAAAGCAAGCCAAUAGCUUUCAUACCUGUUUUUCAAAAUUUUAAAACUUGUUUUCAAAACAUGUUACUCAUUCAGAAUAAAAACUUUCAUUUAAAGGCAACUUUAAGCAUUUAAGCAACAUUUCUUCUCCUAACAGCUGAGUAUUUAGAUCAAUUUUUAGAUAUUGCGAAAUCAGAUGCGUAGUCUGUAUACUGGAUAGCUGCUAGAUACCUAUCUGUUAUAAAAAUACAAGAACUAAGUUUACAAAUGUAACUUUAUGUACAUCAGUUAUUGAGGACCAGAGUCUGAAAGUAACGUAGAAUCUUGCAAUAGUGCUACGUAUGAAAGCAAUUCAUAUGGUCAUACACCAAAGCAAACGCGGAUCCAGAAGACGUGGUCAAGUUCUAACCCCCACCUCCCUCCUCCUUCUCACACACACACUAAACGACUAAGUAUAACCUGAAGCUGCAUUUUGAGAGAUUAUUUCAACAAAUUCACACCAGGCUCCCUAUUUGAGCUCAAAAACUGCACUUCUAUGUAAUUCUGUGCCCUCUCUCCAAAUCAAAACCAGAAGCUGGAUUUACCUUCUUACAUUAAGGUAAAAGAUGUCUCUAUUAUCAAUAAUUUUUUCCAAUCUGCUAUAAUUCUUACAGUUUUAUCUACGACGAAGUUGAGACAAGUUCCAAUGCCUUGAUUCAAAGCUAAAAUUUAGCAUCUCCCUAAUACUAUGCUAAGCACAAAAGUCAUAUAUCUGCACUUUUUAUUCAAAAUUAAGCUAUUGUCACUAGGUGGUAUUUUAUAACUUAUUUUACCUAAAUACAAUAUUUUAUGGUCAUUUGAGAAUUGAAACUAUGUUUUGUAAAGAAUCCGAAAAAGGGGCAUUCUGUGUAAAGAAAAAUGGAGUUGUAAAACUUAAAAAAGCUUUUUCUCAUUUUGAGUUCAACAUACCCUCAGAAAAAAUGAUGGGGGCAUCACUGGUUAUAUCCCUCUUAUUCAUAGUCUUAGAUAUGUUAUUGCUCUCUUGUAAUUUUAAUUGAAAUUUAAAUUUUCCCCCAUUUUCUCAAAUUUUAUCACAAGCGUCCCAUUUUCAGAAAGUUUUGCUUUUGCUUAUAUGCUCACCUCAUCCCUACCUCCUUACCUUUUUUCUCUCCUCAAUAGUGCACCAUUGUUUUUGAUGCUGCGUUUUAAUGAAGUCUUUGAUUUUUUACUAGUUAUAAAUUUUUGUUUGCUUUUAUGGGAAUUUUAAUGAGCUUGAAUUGAUAACAGGGUUCCCAUUACAGGAAAAAAUCUUACCUGCUGUUGAAAUUAGUGAGAUUUUUUUCAAUUAAGAGGGAUUGUUUUUUCAAUCUUAUUCAAUUUAUAACAGACGUGACAAAAUUGCAAGAAAGUAACACAUUAAAAUAUUUUUCAAAUGAGAUUUCUUUUAAAAGUUCAUAAUUAUGGCCUUCUCCUGCUCUAUCUGAAACCCUGGAUACCAUGGCAGUUCAACUCAUUUUUACUUGUUCAAAAAAUGAGGCAGCAAGUAGAAACAUGGCUUCCUACCCUGUCACAAAUGCUUUCAAUUAGCAAAUUUUUAUUCAAUAUGUAGUAGCAGACCAAGGUAAAAUGUAAAACUGUCUGCAAGCUCAAAUACUUUCUCAAAUAUUUUUUGCAAAAAAAUACUGUGGCUCCCAAGUCUGUACUGCCUGCAAGAGCAAAAGUGUAAAUUUAUGCUAAUGGUUCCAGAAUGUUUUCAUCAACUGUAUUUACUUCUUUCUAUGUAUUAACUGGAGAAACCACAAUAUUUUUGAGAAAUAGAUGUUGCUCAAUGAAGAAAUAUACAGUGAAGUACCAUUUAAUACAUUGUUGAAGGAACUGUAUGAAAAAUGCGCACAUAAGAAAAAACAUAUUGCAGGUAUACGUUAAUAUGUAUUGGACUCUGCAGGGACCAGUUUAAAAAACGUAUAAAUGAUAAAAAUGUAUAAAAGAGAAACAUAUAAACGGUGCUUCACUAUAUUUAAAAAUAUCAAAAGCUGCCUACAAAUUUUGAGAAUUUUCUGCAAACAGCAUUUGUACCAUCAUCUAUGUUAGCUAGGUCUGCAAAGCAGUUCUAUCAAUAUUUAUUUGUCAUUUUAUAAAAUUCAUUAUUGCUGAAUGAAAUUUUGCAUAUCAUGAUUACUUAAAUAUGUUUUUUAUUCAAUUGCAAUCCCUUCAAUUUAAAAAGCAGGAAUAUUUCUAAAGGUUCACUCCGCAAUUAUUUUGUUUUUUAAAUGUCUCUUUCAAUGUUUGUACAUUUUUAUCUGUUUUGAUCUGACUUUUUGUGGUAUUAUUGAAUAUAUUAUGCACAUUUAUUUUUUUCAUUUUCUGAAAUAUUUGUUGAUGAUAUAAUUUUUCGACAUCAGUAUUUUAUUUAUUUUGGCACGGUUUCUUUCCUUUUUUUUUUUGCAUUUAUAUAUCAAUUAUACAUAUAUAUUAAUGGCUAUGUGCCUUUCUGCGUAAAGGCUCAAGCCUAGUGACAUAAUUUUUGUCUUGACAACUUGCAGCUAGAUUGGCCGUGAUGUCAAAGCAUUUUGCCUGUAAAAUGCUUGUUGAAAAAGAUAUAACCAGAGUAAUGAUGAAAGUGUCUUGCAUUUGUAUUUCCUAGUAAGCUUCUUAGGAUCAUCGUUGAAUGUUUAUAAUUUAUAGAUUUGUAUGUACUUGAGUCUGAAGUGAAAUUAUUGUUAUCUAGAACAUUCUGUUACACAAUUUUUUUAAACUAAAACAAAAAUUUAACAAUUUGUUAAACCAAAUAAAAAAUAAAAAAAUCAUGUAUGAUCAGAAUUUUAUAAUUUUGUCUUAUUGAUUACUUACAGUAUUGAUUAUCAACAG